CUGCAACAGCCGCGGGACUCCAGAAGCGGUUGAGUUAGCCGCAGUGCCAGCCUGGUGCUUUUUACGCGGUCCGGUCGGUCGGUCGGUCCUGGCUGGAAGCACCAUGGAGCAGCCCACGGAGCAAGAAGCCGGGCCGUCAGAUCCGAUCCCGUCCAGUUCGGGAUCGCGUUUGCCGGGAGGCUUCGGCUCUGCAGAAGCCUUGACGGCGCUAGGCGCGAUCGGACGGCGGUUGCUGUGGCUGUUGCCCGUGUAUCUGGCCGGCCGGGCGGGGCUCAGCGUGGGCUUCGUAGUCGCUGGCGUGGCCCUUUACAUGGGCUGGCGGAGCCGGCGACUGAGCAAGGAGCGAUCGUUGCAGACUGCCGGAAAGAUCCUGGGCGAGGAAGAGGUGACGGUGAAGAGCGCCGUGGAUCUGGGCCGAAGCCUGGGUCGGAACGAGCUUCCCGCCUGGGUCAGUUUUCCAGAUGUCGAGAAAGCUGAAUGGCUCAAUAAGAUUCUGGCCCAGGCUUGGCCCUUCUUUGGCCAAUAUAUGGAGAAGCUUUUGGUGGAAAAUAUUGCCCCAAAUAUACGCGCUUCUAACACCCAUUUGCAGACCUUCACCUUCAGCAAGAUUGACAUGGGAGAAAAGCCCCUCAAAGUCAUUGGAGUCAAAGUCCACACAGGCAUGAACAAGAAGCAAAUCUUGCUGGACUUAAACAUUAGCUACGUGGGUGAUGUCCAGAUUGACGUGGAAGUAAAGAAGUUUUUCUGCAAGGCAGGAGUGAAAGGCAUGCAGCUACAUGGCAUGUUGCGGGUCAUUCUGGAACCCCUCAUUGGAGACGUCCCAAUCGUAGGAGCUCUUACCCUGUUUUUCAUUCGUCGGCCAGCUCUGGACAUUAAUUGGACAGGAAUGACCAAUCUAUUGGACAUCCCUGGACUGAGCUCACUGUCUGACACAAUGAUCAUGGACUCCAUUGCCUCUUUCUUGGUUCUCCCCAACCGCUUGCUCAUCCCAUUGAUCCCUGAUCUCCAUGAAGCAGCUGAACUCCGUUGCCCAGUCCCCAGGGGCAUUGUCCGUGUAUAUCUAAUGGAAGCUAAGAACGUGCAGUCCAAGGAUAAGUACAUUAAAGGGAUGAUUGAGGGCAAGUCAGAUCCAUAUGCCAUUGUGCGAGUUGGAACUCAGGUUUUCACCAGCAAAGUCAUUGAUGAAGACCUCAAUCCCAAGUGGAAUGAAAUGUAUGAGUUCAUUGUACACGAGGUGCCAGGGCAGGAACUGGAGGUGGAGCUGUUUGACAAAGACCCCGAUCAGGAUGACUUCUUAGGCAGGAUGAAGCUGGACUUUGGGGAGGUGUUCAGGGCUCGUGUGUUAGAGGAGUGGUUCCCACUACAAGAUGGGGGCCAGGCUCGUGUGCAUUUACGUCUGGAAUGGCAUACACUCAUGUCAGAUGUUUCCAAGUUGGAUCAGGUUCUUCAGUGGAACAAAACUAUCUCCUCAAAGCCAGAUCCUCCGUCAGCAGCCAUCUUGGUGAUAUAUUUAGAGAGAGCACAAGACUUACCACUGAAAAAAUCUAGUAAGGAGCCUAAUCCUAUGGUUCAGCUAUCAAUUCAGGAUGUCACAAGGGAGAGCCGGGUUAUCUAUAACACUGUCUCCCCUGUCUGGGAUGAUGCCUUCCGCUUUUUCCUGCAAGACCCGAAUGUUGAGGACAUUGAUAUACAGGUCAAGGAUGACAACCGUCAGACCACUCUGGGCUCCAUCACAAUCCACUUGUCCCGCCUUUUAAAUGCUGAUAAUCUGACCCUGGACCAGUGGUUCCAGCUGGAAAAUUCUGGACCCAACAGCCGUAUCUACAUGAAACUCAUUAUGCGGGUAUUAUAUCUGGAUACCCCUGAAGUCUGUUUCAAUACCAGACCACGCCCCCCAGGAAAUCUGAAUGUCACAGAAAGUCCCCAUCUUGGUAGCAGUGUCGAUGUGCCUUCUCGGCCCACCAAGGCCAGUCCAGAUGCUACUUUUGGCACUGAGAGUGUAAUUCGCAUUCACGUGCUGGAAGCGGAGAACCUAAUCGCCAAGGAUAAUUUCAUGGGUGGGAUGAUUAAGGGCAAGUCAGACCCUUAUGUCAAGGUGCGCUUGGGAGGCCAGAAGUUUCGCAGCAGAGUCAUCAAGGAAGAUCUCAACCCUCGCUGGAGCGAGAUCUAUGAGGUCAUUGUGAGUAACAUCCCAGGACAGGAAGUAGAGUUUGACUUGUACGAUAAAGAUGUCGACAAAGAUGAUUUCCUGGGGAAGUGCAAGAUCCCACUGAAGCGUGUGCUAAGCAGCAAGUUUAUGGAUGAGUGGCUCCCCCUAGAAGACGUGAAAUCAGGACGCCUCCACGUGAAACUGGAGUGCCUGCCUCCUAUACCCAGUGCCGCAGAGCUGGAACAGGUUCUGAGAGUAAACAGCUUGAUCCAGACCCCAAAGAGUGAAGAACUAUCAUCUGCUGUCCUCUCUGUCUUCCUUGACAGAGCAACUGAAUUGCCACUCCGGAAGGGAUCGAAGCCACCCAGUCCUUAUGUCAGCCUGUCUGUGCGUGGUAUCUCCUAUAAGACGAAGGUCUGCCCUCAGACAGCAGAGCCUGUGUGGGAUGAAGCGUUCUCCUUCCUUAUCAAGAGGCCCCAUGCAGAAUCUUUAGAGUUGCAGAUCAAGGAUGAUGGGCACAGCCUGGGUGUGCUGUCGCUCCCACUGUCACAACUGCUAGCUGCAGAAGAGCUCGUCCUCGACCACUGGUUCCAACUCAGCAACUCUGGUCCUUCUAGCCAGAUUUUGAUGCGAGUGCAGCUUGGGCUUCUGGUUUCUCAGCACUCGGGGGUGGAGGCUUUCCAUGCUGCAGCAGGGGACGAAUAUGAGGAGAAUUCCCAGAAGGGAUCAGAGACUGAGCUGUAUAUCAGAGAGGAUGGAGACUCUGGCUCUUUGCAAGAGCUGCGCCAGCGGAUCCCCCACACCAACAGUAAUUUGGAGCUAGCAGACGCGCCUCUGGGACAGCUGCACAUGACUGUCUGGUACAACAUGGAUGCAAGGAAACUUGUCGUGAUCAUACAUGCCUGCAGAAACCUCAAGUCAAACGGCAGGGAUGCUCCUGAUUCCUACGUCUCUUUGAUCCUGCUGCCGGACAAAUCUCGUGUUACCAAGAAAAAGACUACUGUACGGAAGAAAACUGUGAAUCCCGAGUUCAAUGAGAAGUUUGAAUGGGAUCUCUCUCUGGAAGAAGCCCAGCGGAAGAAGCUGGAGGCCUACGUUAAAAACAGUGUCUCUUUUAUGUCCCGAGGAGAGCCAAUUGGAAAGAUACACAUUGACCUCUCCCAAGAAGAUCUCACGCAAGGUGCUGCCCAGUGGUACGAUUUAAAAGAUGACAAAAGCAGCUCCUAGUUUCCAUAGUGCCUCCACGAUCCAAGGACUUGAGUUGGCAUGAAGACCCCUUACCACCACCACUGCUGCCGCCAUCCUUCACUGCAAGAUUCCAGGCUCAUCUUCCGCUGGAUGGGCUUUUUCAGUGUUGUUUGCUUUCUCAAGCAAUCGUAGAAUUGUGUUUCUUAAAUCUUCUUUUUUCCGUGCGGAACCAAUAGGGGUAGAGAAAUCGCCCCUGAUUGGAUGUUUUUUUGAAGGGAAGAUAGACACAUUCUGCAUUCACUUUGCAUGCUUCUCUUAGCACUGAAAACCAUACGCUGCCUUUCUUUUGACCAAAGAAAUGGGCUCUUUUCAUUUUCAUAUUUUUUUAAAUUUUUCUCUUGGGGAUGGUGUUCCUUAUAGCUGUCUUGCAAGCUGUUGCUUUCAGCAGCUAAAAAGACCCAAGGGCUGCCUUAAAGUGAAAUUGGGGCAUUAGGUGAAAAGAUACAAGACAACCUGGAGGGUCCAAGUAUUUCUCCUGGAAGAUAAUGGGCAAAUGACCUCCUUUGAAACAAAGGUUUUCAAAUAGGGCCAGGGCCGUCUUCAAAUAGGAGAAGGAUCAGUUAUUUAGCAAGGGAACAUAGUGGUGAUAAAGGAGAUUAGGGUUCUUGUCCUAACUGUCCUAGUAAGGUUGUCAAAUGCCAUUUUCUGGAACAAGGGAACAAGAAAAGUGGAGAAAUGCAGUGGGGAAACAAUUAUUAUUUGCAAUGUUUAUAUUUUUCCCACAUUGGGGGAAUCCAUGCCUGAGCACUAUGCAUUUAGCUGACACUCCAAGAGGGGUAUCCCAUCCCAUCUCUUUGCAAAUCCUCAUGAACUGUGAUAGCAGGUGAUAAUCUUACCAUGCCUUUCUUGUUCUUUCUGCUUCCUGAAUUUUUAAAAUCGAAUCCGUUUGUGUUUUCUUCUCGGCUUGUCCCACUCUGUGCAGCCAAUCUAAAAGGGCAGGUUGCUUUCAUAGAGUUAUCUUUAUGGAUGCCGUUGCUCUAGUUGCUGCUUUUAACAUGAAUGUUGUUUGGUGCCUUCUUGCAUUCAGGUCUUUGAUCUGGUGCUGAGAGCAAAGCUCUCCAGCUACACCAAGUUCUAGGACGGUGUGCAUGCUGUAGCAAGGAAAUUCUUAAAUCUGUGCUCCAAAACAGAUUUACAAAGCCUCUCUACCUAUAUACAGCGAUAUUUGCAUGAUCUGCAUUUUGAUGACUUCCUUUGUACAGUAAGGAGGAAGAUCGGUACAGAAACUGUGAGGAGAUGAUGCUUCAAGGAACCACAAAAAUCACAAGAAACGAGAUGGCCAGAAAAGACUUGUGCUGAUUUCCAAGUUAUAUGGCAUGAUUUUUCUUAACUAGCAUGGAUAAAUUUUUAAGAUUUGCUACUGGGCUUUCCACAUAUGUAAAACUAAAGCAUUUUAACUUGUUUUUCCCCCACUGAUAAAUCACUGCUUGCAAAAUUGCAACACUGCGCCAUACAAUGCCACUUUGGCAGGGGUGGCAGCUGAGUUGAAUUCCUCUUUAAAAUUAAAUUUAAAAAAACCAACUAUUUUUAUCCCACUCAUCCCACCAAUUCUCCUCUGGUGGGGAAAAUGCGUGUGCAGCCUGCUCCUGGCAUGACUUAGCAGCUGCAUUGGGGUUGGCUUUAUAGAAGUUUGUUUUUUGUGGUCUUGUUAUGAAAAGGAACGUAACCGUGUGUUAUGUUUUAGAGUGAAUUUUAAAAAUCAUAGCUCGUAGCCCUUAGAAGCCAAAUCCCACUAAGAUGCCUGAUGGUAGAAGUUGAAUUCUUCUCCUGUUCUGGGUCUUACAAGGUGGAGCUGGUGGGCGACUCUGGAAAGCAAGAAAAGAUGGACUUCCCAAAACUUGGCUGUCCUAUCUUGAUGUUCUGUUCCACUGAGCAGAUUCUCUCCCAAUUACCCCCCCACACAUACACACACUCCGUCAAAUUCCCAAUCGCUCUCCAUGCAUUUCUUCUAUUCACACACCGUUGCCUCUCAUCUCUGGGGGGGGGGGGGAAGAACCCUAAGGCCACUCUUUGUAAUUUAUAAAUAGAUUUUUAAAAAUUGCUUAUAUCUCUUUGUACAAUCAUAGCGAAUGUAUCGGACACAACAAAUACACCUCUCCACUGGAUCUGGUGGUGCCGCCCCCACAGGUUUGCUGGCAGAGUCUGCCUGUUGGGGGUUGAAUCACCCACUGCCUUCCAUCAUGCCAAACCGAGCUUGCCGUCUUCUUCAAGCAGUCUUUACCAUGCAAGCGUGUUUCUGGCUCUUUGUGCCUUUCAUAGCCACUGCUGUAAUUUGUUGUAGCAAAUAAACAAAGAGGAAAAUGUGA